AUGAGUGGAGUUGGAGCUUUUACUGGUUUAGCGGAGGCAAGAAAAGAAACACCCAGAAACGGCGUUGGACUAGGAUUCUCGAAGCCGUUCACGAGUGUUGAAUUUGAACACGAGUCUUCUCCACUUAACAGGACCGUACCACCCACGGACUCUAAGGGUCAACCUCAAGAUUACUUAUGUACGCAAAAACUAUGUGCGAACAUUCCCACCCAUGCAACGAUGGAGGAGAUGGAAUUCGAGCGUGGCAUUUGGGCUGCGGCAGUAGCAGGCGACAUGGUAAAGCUGAAGAGAAUCUUAGAAAAAGAUUCCAGUAGCCUCAACGCUCGUGACAAUUAUGGUUACACCGCAUUGGCCUUUCGCGGAAAACAAUGGGAAGUAGUUCAGUGGCUAUCAAACUGCCAUCCAUCGUUGAAGAUUCCAGUGACCGAUUGACUUUCGACCGCAUGUCCUCAGCGUGCAUCUGAUUGCUCUCAAACACGCCAUAGAGAAGCAGUAUGCCUCGCCGCAAACAGCCCUUGGUGUUCCGGAUAUAAACUGGUCCCUGAACCGUCAUGACUUCAUUUUUUAUCCGCAACCGUAUCGAGGUGGUAAUAAGAAGGCACGUCUGCUUACUGUUCUUACUAAUUUUUUUUAAUUAAAUACAAAACCUUAAGUCACGUUA